AUGCUAACUGUCCAACAUGGCACAGAGCAUGGAAAGGAAGUACCAGACACCCAGUGCGUGACCUUGGCAAAGCAAGAGUUCAGCCAGAUGGAAAUCCAAGCCGGUGUCCCGACGGCCUCUGUCCUGCUGCAGUUCAUCCUGUUUCCUGGGACAAGAUGUGACGAGAACUGUGGCAGUCAUGAACAGUUGCUGGUGGCAAUUGGUGCCUUGGUCCUGCUGUGUGGCCUGACUUCCCUGUGCUUCCGCUGCUGCUGUCUGAGUCGCCAGCAAAAUGGGGAAGAAGGAGGCCCACCACCCUAUGAAGUGACCGUCAUCUCUUUCGAUCAUGACAGCACUCUGCAGAGUACUAUCACGUCCCUUCAGUCAGUGUUUGGCCCUGCAGCCCGAAGAAUCCUGGCCGUAGCUCACUCUCACAGCUCCCUGGGUCAUCUGCCCUCCUCCCUGGAUACCCUCCCAGGAUAUGAGGAAGCUCUUCACAUGAAUCGCUUCACAGUAGCGAGGAGUGGGCAGAAAGCUCCGGACCUACCCCCUGUCCCUGAAGAAAAGCAACUGCCUCCAAUGGAAAAGGAGGCUUCUUGA